CGUAGACCCUCAGACAACCCUCCUCGCACUCCCCGCCAUGAAUAAAUAAAUCAUGAGAAGCAUCCGCUGCUCCCCCAAGAGAGGAAGAAAAAAAGUAGGAGAGAAAAAAAAAUCCUCCCCUUUCGGAGGAGGAAGAAGAAGAGAAGGGGAAAGUGGAACAGAAAGAUCUCCUACCAUUUCCCCGAUCCCCUUCUCUCUCCAAAUUUAGUCAUCAUUUCUUUUAAUCCUUGAAAAGAUCCGGUCUUUCCGACAGCGCCGCCAUGGGAACCGAGAUCCUCCGCCCACAGGACUGCCUCAACCGCCGCUCUCCGACUCUCUUCCCCCGCCGGAAACCCAAUCCCCGCCCCUUCUCGAAGUCGGCACCGAAACGCCGAGAGGGCUCUCCGAAGCCGGCGAAGACCGCUGGCGGUGAGGCGAAGAAGAAAGGUGGGGCUGUGGAGCUCUUCGCGGUGGCCGCUGGAGGGUGGGAUCCGGCGGUGCUCGGGACGGGGAGGUUGGGGCCGGACCCGGACAUGAUCCCCAGAGAGGUUCGGCUGAGGGUGGCGGAGGUGUACGCGGGCGCGGGGUUCGCUAUCUCGCCAUCGCCAACGUCGCUGCCGCUGCCGAGCUUUUCGGGAAGGUCAUUGUCGUCGCCGGCGAUUGUCCCCGUCGACGACUCGGCCACGAGAGAUCUCAGGCGACUGCUCCGACUGGAAUGAUAUGCAUGUAAUACAUACUUGGUGGGGGGCAAUUCAUGUAAAAAAAUGAAGGAAAUUUAGAGAUCGGGUUAACUUUCUUUUCGAGAAUUCCGUGAGAUAUAUCUUUUAGAAAAAUGGAGAAAAAUCGUCUAUAAUUUGAAGGGGAAAAAAGAUAAGCUAGAUUGAAUAAUACAUGCUUAUCAGUGUGGGCGUUUGUAUAUUAAAAUUAAAUUUGAAACUCUACCAUGUUUUUUAUAUAAAUAAAUAGACUAGUAACUUGGUAGCUAAGACCUUAAUAGA